CUUUGGAUCGAAGGAAAGUUAUGUACUUGCGGUGAAACGACCAGGCUGUAGAAACACCAGUAGCAAUCAAAACUUGGCUGGGGCAUUCAAGGGCCUUCCUUUCCCUCCCCCAAGUUGCUGCAAUUUCUGCCAACAAUCGAAGGUCUCAAACACUAACAACGCGAUGUUCGGACCCAGAGGGGCAAUGUUGGGGAGCGGGGGGGUUUCGGACGGGUACGAGGUCGGCUCAAAGAGACAAAGAAUGAUGGAAUCAAAUCCCUACUUCGCAGUGAGCAGCGGUAUGAGCGGCUAUCAACCUUACAGUUAUGGUGGUGGCUUCCAGCCACCUCCCUUUCCUGUGGUACGCCUCAGGGGUCUCCCUUUCAACUGCACUGAUAUUGAUAUUUUCAAAUUCUUUGCUGGACUGGACAUUGUGGACGUUUUGCUGGUCAACAAGAAUGGAAGGUUCUCUGGAGAGGCCUUUGUUCUCUUUGCGGGGUCCAUGCAGGUUGAUUUUGCUUUGCAAAGAGAUCGACAAAAUAUGGGACGCCGCUAUGUGGAAGUAUUCAGGUGCAAGAGGCAGGAUUAUUACCAUGCUGUGGCUGCGGAGGUGAAUUAUGAAGGAAUUUAUGAUAACGAUUUCCAUGGAAGUCCACCAUCUCGAGGAAAGAGGUACAACGAUAAGGAUCAAAUGGAAUACACCGAGAUACUGAAGAUGCGUGGUCUUCCCUUCUCAGUAAAGAAACCUGAAAUUGUUGAAUUCUUUGGAGACUUCAAGAUCAUGGAAGACAGGAUACACAUUGCAUGCCGCCCUGAUGGGAAAGCUACUGGAGAGGCAUAUGUGGAGUUUGCUUCUGUGGAGGAGGCAAAAAGAGCAAUGUCCAAGGACAAGAUGACAAUAGGUUCCCGGUAUGUGGAGCUGUUUCCUUCAACACCAGAUGAAGCUCGACGGGCUGAGUCAAGAUCAAGGCAAUAAAGAGGCAAAAACAGGAUACACUUUGUAUGUGUUGCCAGCCAGCAAUGCAUGUUCCCCCAGAUUUUUAGGACAACCUGUAUGUUGUCAAUGUACUUUCUUCUCUUUUAAAAUGUUUGAAUUUUGGAUUUAAGGAUAAAAAAAAUUCAGAUACACAA